GUUGCUGUCGCCGGGGGUACGGGCGGACUGGGUCGAGCAUUUGCGGAUGUUCUCCAAAAUGAUUACAAAGUCAUCGUGCUAACACAUCAGCCCAAAACGCGUGAGCAAGAGGUCUCUGUAGACUAUAAUGAUAUACAACAACUGCGUGACGUACUCGAGACGAACGACAUCUUCGCAGUCGUGUCGACGCUGAGUGAUGCCGCCGGCGAUGCCCAAAUCAACCUUCUUGAAGCCUGUCUACAAUCACAGUCGACUAGACGCUUUAUCCCAAGUUCUUGGUUCCUGCACUAUCCGCGGAGGUUGGUUGGCAAUGUUUAUUAUUUCAGGUGCCUCGAUAGGCUCAACACCACAUUGGAAACGAAAUCUCUUGAGUGGACAGUCGUUAGCAACGGAAUCUUUCUUGAUUACUUCGGAAUGCCUAGGAUGCCUACAACGCUGCGCUCGGCUUGCUUUAUCGUCGACAUGCAGCAUGAAAUGAUCGCGAUACCUGGUGACGGAAACGACGUCGUAACCUUGACUUCCACAAGAGAUGUGGCGGCACACGUAUCUGCGCUUUUGAAAUUGCCAGUGGGUUCAUGGCCGCGGCAGUAUCACAUUGCUGGGGACCGAAUGACACUCAACGACUUUGUAAAGCUAACGAAAAUGGUCACGGGUAGACAGCUGCGAGUGGUAUACGAUGAGAAGGAAAAGCUCCAGCGGGGAGAGAUUACCUUGUUGCCGUCGCAAUCGUCGCAAAGGUACGGGUUCGACCUUGAGAUCUUUAUGAAAUACAUUGCCAUCAUGGAGACAUGGAUAGUGGACGGCUUGAUGGACAUUGAGCCCACUCCAGUCGAGGGUAUGCCCACAAUCUCCUGUACAACCGUGAAGGAGAUGCUCGAG